UGUUGGGCCGGGGCGAGCGGGCCAAUGGGCGCGCGCGUUGUUGUGCCGGGGCGAGCGGGCGGCGCUGAGGGCGGCGGGGCGGCAGGAUGGUUCUGGAGAGCACCAUGGUGUGCGUGGACAACAGCGAGUACAUGCGGAACGGGGACUUCCUGCCCACGCGGCUGCAGGCGCAGCAGGACGCCGUCAACAUCGUCUGCCACUCCAAGACCCGCAGCAACCCCGAGAACAACGUGGGGCUCAUCACCCUGGCCAAUAACUGCGAGGUGCUGACCACGCUGACGCCGGACACCGGGCGCAUCCUGUCCAAGCUGCACACGGUGCAGCCCAAGGGCAAAAUCACCUUCGGCACCGGCAUCCGCGUGGCCCACCUGGCGCUGAAGCACCGGCAGGGCAAGAACCACAAGAUGAGGAUCAUCGCCUUCGUGGGCAGCCCCGUGCACGACAGCGACAAGGACCUGGUGAAGCUGGCCAAGCGCCUGAAGAAGGAGAAGGUCAACGUGGACAUCAUCAACUUCGGGGAGGAGGAGGCCAACACGGAGAAGCUGACGGCGUUCAUCACGGCGCUGAACGGCAAGGACGGCAGCGGCUCGCACCUGGUGACCGUGCCGCCGGGGCCCAGCCUGGCCGACGCCCUCAUCAGCUCGCCCAUCCUGGCGGGCGAGGGCGGCGCCAUGCUGGGCCUGGGCGCCUCCGACUUCGAGUUCGGCGUGGAUCCCAGCGCCGACCCCGAGCUGGCCCUGGCUCCGGUGGUUUUCCAGGCGCUGCGGGUGUCCAUGGAGGAGCAGCGGCAGCGGCAGGAGGAGGAGGCGCGCAGGGCGGCCGCCGCCUCGGCUGCCGAGGCCGGGAUCGGCGCCGCCGGCGGGGACGAGUCGGACGAGGCGCUGCUGAAGAUGACCAUCGGGCAGCCGGAGUUCGGCCGCGCGGGGCUGCCGGACCUGAGCUCCAUGAGCGAGGAGGAGCAGAUCGCCUACGCCAUGCAGAUGUCGCUGCAGGGCGCCGAGUUCGCCCAGGCUGAGGCGGCCGAGGUGGACAGCGGAGCGGCCAUGGACACCUCGGAGCCCGCCAAGGAGGAGGACGACUACGACGUGAUGCAGGACCCCGAGUUCCUGCAGAGCGUCCUGGAGAACCUGCCCGGCGUGGACCCCAACAACGAGGCCAUCCGCAACGCCAUGGGCUCGCUGGCCUCGCAGGCGGCGCGCGCCGAGGGCCGGGAGAACCGGGAGAACCGGGAAAACCGGGAAAUCCGGGAAAACCGGGAAAACCGGGAGAGCCGCGAGGGCAAGGAGCAGGACAAGAAAUGAGAGCGCAGCCAACGGAACCCCCGCGGAGUAAACGGGGUUUCUUGAGAAGAAACGGGAUUUCUGGGAAAUAAACAGAAAUUUCUGGGGAAUAAAAGGAAUUUUUGGGGAAUAAACAGAAUUUCCAGGGAAUAAAUGGAGCUUCUUGAAAAUAAAUGGAAUUUCCAGGGAAUAAACGGGAUUGCUUGAAAUUAAAUGGAGAUUCCAGGGAAUAAACAGGAUUUCCAGGCAAUAAAUGGAAGUUCUGGGGAAUAAA